AUGGAGGGUCAGUACGCCGGCGGGCGAGCUAUGUUGCCUUCAGCCACGAUGGCCGUGGACGACAUCAACAAACGCCAUGACAUUCUACCUGGCUACAGGCUGCAUAUGAAGUGGAAUAACUCCAAGUGUGACCAAGGUAUUGGUAUUAAGGCCCUCGCUGACAACCUCAACAGUGCUGACAACAUUCUCAUGGUGAUCGGCGGGGCGUGCUCUGGUGUAUCCGAGGCAACAGCCAAGGCCUCACACCUGUGGAACCUCGUACAGGCAACCGAAGAUCUAAUAAAGCAGCUCGAUGCGGAGAACAUGACCGUCCUGACGCAGCAGCAGUUCUUCAGCGACCCUACUCUUGAAGUACAAGCACUGAAGCAUCACGAUGCGAGGGUCAUCGUGGGCAACUUCUACCCCCAGCAAGGACGGCGUGUCAUCUGUCAGGCGUUCAGAAUCGGUCUGUACGGAAGGAAGGUGGUUUGGUUACUCCCAGGCUGGUUCGAUCCCCAUUGGUACACGGGAUAUAAUGACACUGCCAACUGUACCACCCAGGACAUCCUGAAAGUGAUAGACAACGCCUUCAGCCUAGACAACGUCUACUACAAUCCGAGCGAUGACGUGUCAAUCUCCAACAUGACGCCAUCGCAGUUCCGGUCGCAAUACACGGAUUACAUUAACCGGACGGCAAACAGCACGUUAAUAUCCGGGCAUGAGCGAGCACCUGUUGCUUAUGACGUGAUGUGGGCAGCGGCCAUUGCGUUGAAUCAAACCAACAACUAUCUACAGAGAAUUGAUGACCCCCGGAGAAUCGAAAACUUCACCUACACAGACAGAGAACUAGGUCAGCUGAUAUAUGAUCACACCCGUCAACUUAACUUCUCGGGAAUAACCGGACGGAUCCAGUUCGAUGACCGCGGGGAUCCCAGGAGCUUUGUCAGCAUCCGGGUAUUUCGAGACGCCAGGAACAUCAUCAUCGGAGUAAGUGACAUCACUGAGGAGGACAUCCGGUGGACAACUUCAUCUACCAACUGCUCUGUGUUCCCAGAUGGGCGUGUCCCCGUGGACAGCGUGAGGGUGGAGGAGAGGGUCAUCAGGCUGCUAGUUGACAUCACAUAUAUUUAUGGGUGUGUUAUUGUAGAUGGGCGUGUCCCCGUGGGCAGCUUGAGGGUGGAGGAGAGGGUCAUCACGCUGCUGGUUGACAUCACAUAUAUUUAUGGGCGUGAUGGGCGUGUCCCUGUGGACAGCGUGAGGGUGGAGGAGAGGGUCAUCACGCUGCCAGUGCCUGUGUACAUCGCCAUGUGUUGUCUGGCUGGAGCCGCCAUGGUGCUGGCCAUUGUCUUCCUGGCGUUCAACAUUGUCUGCAGAAAUGAAAGGAUCAUUAAGAUGUCCUCCCCCAACCUGAACAACGUCAUCCUCAGCGGGUGUGUCAUCACCUACAUAGAAGUGUUCUUGGCGGACCUGGACGGUAGGAGCAGCCAGUGCAAGGUACGCUACACACUCCCGAGAUGCCAGUAG